AUGGAGCAGUGGCACGCCUUCGAUAAGAAGAAGAAAGAGGAAGGAUCCGAUUUGUCCGGCUCCAAGGAGCGUCACCGGCGUCCACGUGGUGGCAAGAAGGAGGACAAGAGACCUCGGGGCCAGGUCGGCGCUGAUGGCGACGUCACCGAUGGCGAUGUCGCCGGCGAGCGCAAGGCGACCCAGGAUGACACCUGCAACAACUGUGGCAGGACUGGCCACUGGGCCAAGGACUGCCGUCUUCCUCCACGCCAUGGUAGGUAG